UAUCUCCUAGUGAAGGCCACGUUGGUGUUACGCCUGGUGUUCAGAGCGCUAGUGCACAGGCAAAGCCUUUCACCAUGCCUCACUUUGACCCGUUGUCUGCCCAGUCCUCUCCUACAGGCUCUAGGUUAGAUGCCAGAAUAAAAGUGGCUCGUCUCCAGUGGGAGAAGGAGGAGCGUGAUAGGGAUUUUCAGCUCAGGAGGGAGCUGGAGGCAGACACUGCUGGAGCUCCAGGCAGCUGUGGUGGGUGACUCUGCUGUUACACAGUCUGGUCCUGCUGCCUCCUUCGACGUGGAGGACCAGCGGCAGGUCACGGUGUUACGAGACAGUGGUUCACAGUCGUUCAUCCUUGCCAGUGUUCUGCCCUUGAGUGCUGAGUCUGCCUGUGAUGCAAGUGCCAUGUUGCUGUGCUGCCCAAGUUUCCUGUCGAGUGGAUUUCAUAAUGGUCAGCAGGAGACCGUCGCUCACAGACAGCGAGUCUAUAAAGGGCAGCGCCUCCUCUCUCCCCCUGUAUCUCCUCCUGUCUCUCAUCAUGGCUCCGGUUCUCCUGCUGGUUCUGCUCGGCCUGGUUCGGCUCGGCUCGGCUCAGCCGGUGGAUCUGAAGAAGCUUCAAACCGCUCUGCAGGAUCUGCAAGUCGAGAGGCGAGAGAUGAGCUUGCGUCUGGACAUGGCUGAGAGGGAACUGAAGAGAGUGAAAGAAACCCCUAAAGUUGCGUUCGCCGCCUCGCUGGGAGGAAACGGCCUGGUGAAGGCGACCAGCGGAAACAAAAACCUCGUCUACACGGACCUGCUGACCAACGUCGGGGGGGCUUACAACGCCAACACAGGUGAGUUCACGGCCCCGAUUCGUGGAGUUUACUACAUCCGCUUCACCGCCAACGCCCCCUCCAACUUCCCCAUGAGCGCCGUGCUUUACAAGAACAACAACCGCAUCGAGCUGAUCGCCCACGAGCAGCCGGGGGGCGAGGGCAGCGACACGGCGUCCAACGGCGCCGCCCUGAUGCUGGAGGAGGGCGACAAACUGAAGAUGAUGCUGUGGACCAACACUCAGAUCUGGGACAACAGCAACCACCACAGCACCUUCAGCGGCUUCCUGCUGUUCUCAAUGGUGGACGACCCUCCAAAAGAGUUUGACGCUGAAGCCGAGAUGAAGACCCUUGAGGUUUCUCUGAUGCAGCUUCAGGCAGAAAACAGAGGCAUCCUAGAGAGACUGAACAGCACAGAGAGCGAGCUGAAGACCAUGAGAGAUGUACCGAAGGUGGCGUUUGCCGUCUCUCUCGGAGGUAACGGCCUCGUGAAGGCGACGUCAGGAAGCAAAACUCUCAUCUACAAAGACGUCAUGACAAACAUCGGACAGGCGUACAACUCUGAGACCGGUGAGUUCACGGCCCCGAUUCGUGGAGUUUACUACAUCCGCUUCACCGCCAACGCCCCCUCCAACUUCCCCAUGAGCGCCGUGCUUUACAAGAACAACAACCUCAUCGAGCUGAUCGCCCACGAGCAGCCGGGGGGCGAGGGCAGCGACACGGCGUCCAACGGCGCCGCCCUGAUGCUGGAGGAGGGCGACAAACUGAAGAUGGUGCUGUGGACCAACACUCAGAUCUGGGACAACAGCAACCACCACAGCACCUUCAGCGGCUUCCUGCUGUUCCCCCAGUGAGCGCCGACUGGGAGGAACCUUUAAGACGACUUGAUUCAUUCACAUCUAAUGUACAAAUGAAUCAAAUAAAAAGCAGCUCGUCUAAAUCAUUACAACUCAAGGACUCAGUGUUUUUGUGGCUCCGUCUUAAAUAUUACAGUCUCGUAGCGGUGGGAAUCUUUCCAUGAUGUUGUUGGAAAGAUGUUCACAAAGUCUAUUUUAGUCACACUAUUAAUGAUCAGUUUGUUUACAACCAAAGUCCCUUUGCUCCUCUCCCACCGAUCUUAUUAACAACUUCAUUUUUCUCUGGGA